AUGGGAAAAUCGAUCGGUGCAAGGAGGUGUCAAAAUCAAGGUAAAAUCGACAGGUGCAAGGAGGUGUCAAUUCAAGGGAAAAUCGACCAGUGCAAGGAGAUGUCAAUUCAAGGGAAAAUCAAACUAGACCGACCGGAAAAUGAAGAUUUUCCUCCAUCUACUUCGGCGGUGAAUGAAAAUGUCGCUUCUAGAUCUCUGGUUGUUAACGAGGAAGAAAAUUCUUCUGUGCAAGAAGGUGUCAAUUCAAGGGAAAAUCGGCCAGUGCAAGGAGGUGUCAAUUCAAGGGAAAAUCGGUCAGUGCAAGGAGGUGUCAAUUCAAGGGAAAAUCGACCAGUACAAGGAGGUGUCAAUUUAAGGGAAAAUCGACAUGUGCAAGGAGGUGUCUUCAAAGGAAUAUCGACCAGUGCAAUGAGGUGUCAUUUCAAGGGAAAAUCGACCGGUGCAAGGAGGUCAGGUGUCAAUUCAAGGGAAAAUCGACCGGUGCAAGGAGGUGUCAAUUCAAGGGAAAAUCAACCGGUGCAAGGUGGUGUCAAAUUCAAUAGUGUCAAAUUCAAGGGAAAAUCGACCAGUGCAAGAAGGUGUCAAUUCAAGGGAAAAUCUACCGGUGCAAGGAGAUGUCAAUUCAAGGGAAAAUCAACCUAG